UUUAAAAGCUCAUCAAAAUCUGUGUGGCCAGUACUUUGUGCUGUUCACCUUGACCCUUUGCUAAUUUUCACCGUUGCUUUGAGUUAUGGUCAAACAAAACCUGCCAAUCUUGAUUUUUUACAUGAUACCAUAACUGACUUGGACAAUAUAAUCCAAAAUGGACUAAUGUACAGUGGCGUAAACAUUAGAAUAAAAUUAAGAUGUGUAGUUUGUGAUGCUCCAGCAAAAUGUAUGGUAAAAGGAAUAAAACUGUAUUUGGGGUACUUUGGUUGUGAUAGAUGUGAUCAAAGAGGGAACUGGUUCGGACGUAUGACUUAUCAGGACACUGAUGAUUUAAGUGUCCGUACAAAUGAUUCUUUCCGCAGACAAACUAAUCCUGAGCAUCAUAAUCGGGACUCCCCUUUUUGCACUUUAGACAUUGAUAUGAUUGCACAAUUUCCCAUUGAUUACAUGCAUCAAUGCUGCUUAGGGGUAAUGAAGAGACUUAUUUUGAUUUGGAUUAGAGGGAAAAAAGAAGUUAAAAUGUCCGCAUUGCAUUCAGAACAAAUCAGCAAUCGAUUACUAGGUCUGCAAAGAUUCAUACCGCGCGAAUUUGUACGAAAGCCAAGGAGUUUGUGCGAAAUAGACAGAUGGAAAGCAACUGAGUAUAGACAAUUCUUACUAUACACGGGGAAAAUUGUUUUAAAAGGGAUAUUAAGGGAAGAUUUAUAUUUACAUUUUAUGACAUUUAGUGUUGCUAUUUGCAUUUUAGCCUCCAAAAGUCUACUACAACGACAUCACCAGUAUGCAAAUGCGCUUUUGAAAUAUUUCGUUGAAAUGGGACGUAAUUUAUAUGGUCCAGAAUUCAUUGUGUAUAAUGUACACAGCAUGCUUCAUAUCACAUCAGAUGCUGUAAAAUUUGGAAGUUUAGAUGCGUUUUCUGCUUUUCCAUUUGAGAACUUCAUGCAACGAAUAAAACGAAUGGUUCGGUCAGGGAAAAAUCCAAUUGUACAAAUAGCGAAGCGUUUGGAUGAAAUUGAAAAUGUAAAGCAAGCUGCCAAAUCUGUCAAAGAAGCCAAUAUAGAGACAAAAAGACCGAAUAACUUCUACGUUAUUUCCGAUUCGUCGUGUUGUGAAGUAGUAAGCACUACAAACAUUGACGAUGGAAAUAACCGUAAAAAACUAAUGUGUAGGUUUUAUGAAAGAUGUGAACCACUCAGUGAUCAGCCCUGUAAUCUUGGCAUAAUUGGUGCCUAUAAAGGAAAUGAUAGACACUCACGGAUGAAGAUAGUAUCUCCAGGAAUUCUGAAACAGAAGGCUAUAAUGAUAGAAAAGGACAAUGGGAUAAAAAUAUUUCUCGGUUUGCUACAUUAUUAAAUUUCCAUAUUAAAUUAUACCAUAGAUAAAAGAACACAGAAAUUAAUUUUGUUAUGUUAAUUAGACGAUUUUUCUUCAGAUGGUGAUGGAGUAUGCUGUCGUAGAGUUUUUGGAUCCCGAGGACAUAACCAUGAUAACAGUAGACAUUGUCCAUAAAACCUGGUUAAAAAGUACACAAGAUGCUAUGUUUACCUACUGGCCCAAAUUAGGAGCCUCAAAAAAAGCAAAGUUUGGGACAAUCCCAGAUCCGCAGACGUGGGCACUGUACAAAAUCGAGAUACUAUCGACAACAGAGGAUUAUGAAACAGCGGCAAGAAGAUGCAAACUAGCAGAGGAUACCUCACAUAUAGAGACAGAGGAAGAGAAGGAGGAAGAGAAGGAAAAGACACCAAAAAGGAAAAUCAGUCAACCUUCUCGAUAUGAUGACUGUGACUAUGAAGAAGAAGAGCAGGGUUGUUCAACAAUUAAGAAGAAAGUGAAGAGUUUAAAAUCUAGAAGUGACAUGCAUCGAGUAACAAGUAAUACUACGGAUGAAAGUUCACUGCCUUCCUUGCCCUGUCCACCAAUUACUACCUCGACGCCAAGAGGCAGAAAAGAUCCCAUCUGUUACGAUGGAAGAUCUCUUUCUCCAGAACCCAUUGAGUGUAGUGCAUCCACAUCUUUAUUAGACAGUCGACCUCAUUCGUGUUGUGAUGAGUUAGUUAUAACAGAACCCCCUAUUCCUCCUAUUGUGCGGAUGUCCAGACAAGAGAGAAAAGACAAUGACAAUAUAAUGGAAAAGCUAGACGUAAUGCAUAAAGACCAACAAGAAAUAUUGAGUCUGCUUAGAAAGCUCAAUGUUUCAAAUACGAGUAGCGGAGGUGCGGAAAAUCAGGCAGAGAAGCAAUCUGCAGUUGUUGACUUAAAACAGAUUGAUUCCGAACUUGAGAUGGAGGCCUUCUGUUCUAAAUUACAGGACGACCAAUCCUUCAGGAGGAAAAUGGUGAAACAGCUGAGUGCCUUAGGUGGUUUCUCUAGUGGCGACACCAUAAGGAGAAUGCUAAGAACACUUGGCACCAAUGGAUUGUGGUCCAAAUACAGUCUGAAGGGCAAAAAGGGGAAAAUAGCGGUUCAACCAUUACCAGUGUGUGUGGAGUAAUGAUUAAGGCUUACAUGAAGAACUACCCCUCAGCAAGGGCAUCAGAUAUCGAGGAAUUGAUUGGGGAAACCCUCAAACAUGCACCCUCAAAACCAGGCGGAACACGCUAUAAGGAACCAAUUGCUAAGAGGGUAAAUGAAGCAGCUCCGGAAAUACCAGGGACCCAGGAGAACGUUUAGUUCUUUAAAAUAAACAAAGUUAA